AUGCAGGCUCGCAGACAAUUGAUCACUUCCACCCAGCGCCUGGCUGCUGCUGGCGCGCGGACCCGAUCCAUCCGACCACUUACACGAGUACUCGCAGCUCAACCUCUUCGCCCAACUCCUCUGCGAUUGAUCCCUAGCCUGGCCAUCCGUUCGUACGCCAAUGGCCGGCCGCACCCUCCCGGUGGCACUCACCGGAUGAACAUGGGCGGCGAGGAGGAGAAGCCCGCGCUGGAGCAGUUCGGUAUCGACCUGACUGCUCGGGCCAAGGAUGGCAAGCUUGAUCCCGUGAUUGGAAGAGAUGCCGAGAUCCAGCGGACGAUUCAGAUCCUGUCUCGGCGAACCAAGAACAACCCGGUUCUCAUUGGUAAUGCUGGUACCGGAAAGACGGCUAUUCUUGAGGGCCUCGCCCUUCGAAUUGUUCGCGGUGAUGUCCCCGAGAGCGUCAAGAACAAGCGGGUCAUCAGUCUCGACCUUGGCUCACUUAUUGCCGGUGCCAAGUUCCGAGGUGACUUUGAAGAGAGGUUGAAGAAGGUUCUAUCAGAGGUUGAAAAGGCCGAGGGCGAAGUUAUCCUGUUCAUCGAUGAACUCCAUACUCUUCUUGGCCUCGGUAAGGCUGAAGGCUCCAUUGACGCUUCCAACCUAUUGAAGCCUGCCCUGGCUCGUGGUGACCUCCAGUGCUGCGGUGCCACGACACUCAACGAAUAUCGCCAGAUCGAAAAGGAUGUUGCACUGGCUCGACGAUUCCAACCCAUCAUUGUCAGCGAGCCCUCGGUUGAAGACACUAUCAGCAUCCUUCGAGGUAUCAAGGACAAGUACGAGGUCCACCAUGGUGUCCGAAUCACAGACGGUGCUUUGGUGGCUGCCGCGACUCUAUCGAACCGAUACAUUACCGACAGAUUCCUCCCAGACAAGGCCAUCGACCUUAUGGACGAGGCUGCUAGCCACCUCAAGCUUCAGCACGAGUCCAAGCCUGAAGACAUCAUGCGUCUCGACCACAAGAUCAUGACCAUCCAGAUCGAACUAGAAAGUCUCCGGAAGGAAUCAGACGUGGCGAGCAAGGAGCGCAGGGAGAAGCUGGAGAAGGACCUCGCCAAGUACAAUGAAGAGAUCUCGGUGCUGAACAGCCGCUGGGAGAAGGAGAGGGCCGAGAUCGACUCAGUCAAGAAGGUCCAGGAGGAUCUCGACAAGGCCAGGUUCGAGCUUGAGCAGGCGCAACGAGAGAACAACUUCGGCCGCGCCUCAGAGCUCAGGUUUGGUGUCAUCCCGAGUCUCGAGCAGAAGCUCCCUCAGGAGGGAGAGUCCAAGGAGUCCAAGGCUGAAGACACCCUCAUCCACGACUCUGUCACCUCGGACGACAUUGCCAAUGUCGUGUCUCGCAUAACUGGUAUUCCAGUAUCGAAGUUGACAUCCGGACAUAUCGAAAAGCUGGUCCACAUGGAAGACACCCUCAGGGAAGCCGUCAAGGGUCAGGACGAGGCCAUCAAGGCCGUCUCCAAUGCAGUUCGUUUGCAGAGAGCCGGUCUGAGUGGCGAGAACCGACCCCUGGCCUCCUUCUUCUUCCUCGGACCUACCGGUGUCGGCAAGACGGAGCUUUGCAAGAAGCUCGCCGCCUUCCUCUUCUCGACAGAGUCGGCGGUGGUCCGGUUCGAUAUGUCAGAAUUCCAGGAGAAGCACACCAUCUCCCGACUUAUCGGUGCACCGUCUGGCUACGUCGGUUACGAAGACGCUGGCCAGCUGACCGAGGCCGUCCGCCGCAAGCCAUACGCCGUGCUACUGUUUGAUGAGUUUGAAAAGGCUCAUCGCGACAUUUCUGCCCUACUGCUCCAGGUCCUCGACGAAGGAUAUCUCACCGACGCUCAGGGCCACAAAGUCGACUUCAAGAACACCAUCAUUGUCCUCACAUCCAACUUGGGUGCCGACAUUCUCGUCGGCCAGAACCACCUCCACCCUUACAAGGAGACGGCCGAUGGAGACAUUGACCCUUCAGUCCGCAAGGCCGUGAUGGACGUUGUCGGCUCCGCGUACCCGCCCGAGUUCCUCAACCGUAUCGACUCGUUCAUCGUCUUCAAGCGCCUCGCCCUCAGCGCGAUCCGCGACAUUGUCGAUAUUCGUCUUAAGGAGCUCCAGCAGCGUCUCGACGACCGACGCAUCGUCCUCUCUGUUCCGAACGAGGUCAGAGACUGGCUCGCUGAGCGCGGCUACGAUCCCAAGUAUGGCGCUCGUCCCUUGAACCGGCUCAUCACCAACGAGAUUGGCAACCACCUGGCGGACCAGAUCAUCAAGGGCCAGCUCAAGAUGGGUGAGACUGCUGAAGUCAAGAUCCGUGACGACAAGGAGGGUCUGGAGAUUGAUGUCAAGCCCAAGGAAGAAGCCGCCCCUGCUGCCGCUACUUGA